CCAGGCUAAACCGGUUGUCAAUUUUAGUACUGAUAUACAGAGAAAGCGCCACUAGUAUAAACGAAGUUUUGAAAGAGGCAUUUUUUUAUAUGGAGGUAGCGUUUUUCUCCUUGUGAGUAUUGUAUUCUUUGAUCAUGUGUGUUCCCAAAGCAAUUCAAAAUAUAAAGUUUGUAUUUCAGCUUUGUGCAAAAUAUGAUUAGAACAUAUGCCGCCAUCUUUUGAACGACAAAUGUACUAGGUAAAGCUGUAUUUACCACAAAUGUACUCUUUUUCUGACUUAUAACGUUAUUUCAUGAUUUUCCAUAAGAUGGCGCUGUUCAAACAACCGUUUGUAGUAUUUGCAAAACUUUGGUUGCAGACAGUUUGUGCUGUCUUCCACAGAUGGCACUGAUUUUUUCGUAAUUUUUUUUAUCUAGUUCUCACAAAGAGCGAUUACAGAUUGAACAUAACGCCCCUAAUUCGAACGACGUUUCUAACUAAUUUUCUUAGUAAAAAAUGCACUCCAUUUCCACUAUGUUAAAAAUAGAAUCAUAAUAGAAUUAGAUUAUUAUGUUCAUAACCACAAGUAAAGGCAAACAAUAAGUUUACUACAAGGAAAAAGAUACUUAUUUGGAACGUUAUUUAAUUUUAUCCUAUACCUAUUCGUGCUCAGUUUAAAAUUGGCAACAAUGUGGUUAGUUAUUAAGUCUGGUAGAGCUAUUAUUUAUUUUAUAGCUUUAGUGAGUUUAUUAAAUUUUACAAAAUGUGAAGUUAUAUCAACGUCGAGAACAGAGGAGGUGGCACCAGGUGGACAAUGCGAAGCCAAAAUAAGGCAAUGCACAUUAAAAUCGGUUCCAAACUCAAGCAAAAGCCAUUCAGUGCAUGAUGUAAUGGGCAAACCAGGACAAAAGGGGGAAAAGGGAAAUAAUGGCGUAGAGGGAAAAACUGGUCAACCCGGACUAAAAGGAGACAUGGGAGAGAGAGGCUUACAGGGUCCACCGGGAAUAAACGGGGACAAAGGAGAUAUCGGAUUGCCGGGCCUGCAAGGAAAACAAGGGGAACCGGGAAACGACGGUGUCAAAGGAGACAUGGGUCAAAAGGGAGACAGGGGAGAAGAGGGAAAAAAGGGUGACAAAGGCAAUAAUGGUUUACCAGGAUUAAAAGGGGAAACAGGUGAAGAAGGUUUACUGGGCCCUCCGGGCAUAAAAGGGGACAAGGGAGAAAAAGGGUCUGAAGGUCACACAGGAAACCACGGGGAGCCAGGAAAAAAAGGAGAUUCUGGCGAAGAAGGCCUACCAGGAAAAAAAGGAGAACGAGGUGAACAAGGAUUUAAAGGUGAAAAUGGUACACAGGGAAUAAAAGGCGAAAGAGGAGAGAAGGGUCUACCAGGUGUAUCAGGACCAAAAGGGGACCGAGGAGAAAGGGGCUCAGAUGGUAGUCCUGGCGAGUGCAAACCCUGUACUUGCCCUCCAGGCCCACCUGGCCCACCGGGUCCACCCGGCCUACCCGGUAAAGAAGGAGCACGAGGACCACAAGGACCAGAAGGACCACAAGGCCCAUCUGGGCCACCUAGACCAUCCCCGAGCAUUGGAGGGGAUGAAGAGGAAAAAGGUGAUGAAGGCGAUAAAUAAAACGAGUACAGCUAUCUUUUUCACAUUUAAUAUCAGUUAUGUAAAUUACAGGUCUAUUUUGAACGGUUGUUGCGUUUUUUUUAAAUGGCGAUACUAAUGUUACAACCAACUUAUCAGUAAGGUACCUCAGUACGUAAUUGUACGAAAUUCACUCUUCAAUUAGUACGUUAAAAAAGGUUAAAUUGAUGUAUUAUCAGACAGGCGUAUGGUUACAUAAGUAUUAGUUUGCUAAUAUCAAAUACUGCACUUUGUUAACCGAGAAAAAUAAAUUGUAUUCUACAGAGCUAA